GCUUUCGGUAUUAAUAGUGCUCAACUUCCUUCUUUUUUUUUUUAAAUUUGAAGUCGUCAGGAUUUAAACUUUAAUUAUUGAAAUUAAAGGUUUAACACUUUAGCAUCAAUCAAUUAGUGGCUGUUGGCAAUAAUUUACAUGCUUUACUUCUUGUUUGAUUACAAAUAAUUUCUUGGCUAAUUGAAUACUUGCUGCCUGUUGAUCAGAAUGGACGAGGCUAGACAACCAUUGUCAAGAAAGUUGCCCAUUCCAUCAAGCCAAAUCAACCCUUACCGGAUAAUCAUCAUAAUUCGACUUGUAGUUCUUGGAUUUUUCUUUCACUAUCGAGUCAUGCACCCGGUGAAUGGUGACUAUGCUUUAUGGCUUGUAUCAGUCAUUUGUGAAUUCUGCUUUGCUCUUUCAUGGAUUCUUGAUCAAUUCAAAAUGCUUCCAAUUGACCGGGAAACUUAUCUGGAUAGAUUAUCCUUAAGGUAUGAGAAGGAGGGGACUUCUCAACUUGCUCAUGUUGACAUAUUUGUAAGUACAGUUGAUCCAUUAAAAGAAUCCCCACUGGUGACUGCAAACACUGUUCUUUCCAUUCUUGCAGUGGAUUACCCUGUUGAUAAGGUCUCAUGUUAUGUUUCUGAUGAUGGUGCUGCUAUGCUAACAUUUGAGGUACUGUCAGAAACUUCUGAAUUUGCGAGGAAAUGGGUCCCCUUUUGUAAUAAGUAUAAUAUUGAACCACCGGCACCUGAGUGGUAUUUUUCUCAAACGAUGGACUAUUUCAACGAUAAGUUGUUGCAGUCAUUUGUGAAGGAAAGGAGAGCAUUGAAAGAGUAUGACGAGUUCAAAAUUCGGAUCAAUGCUUUGGUUGCCAAGGCUCAAAAGGCUCCAAUAGAAGGGUUUAUGCAGGAUGGAACUCCUUGGCCUGGGAAUAACAUUCGAGAUCAUCCUGGAAUGAUUCAAGUUUUUCUUGGACAAAGUGGAAGACUUGACACUGAUGGAAAUGAACUGCCACGCUUGGUGUAUGUUUCUAGAGAAAAGAGACCAAGGUUCAAUAACCAUAAAAAGGCUGGAGCAAUGAAUGCUUUGGUUAGAGUCUCUGCUGUGCUCACAAACGCACCAUAUCUUUUAAGUUUGGAUUGGGAUCACUACAUUAAUAAUAGUAAGGCUCUCAAAGUGGCAAUGUGUUUCAUGAUGGAUCCAUUGCUAGGAAAGAGAAUAUGUUACGUCCAGUUCUCCGAGAGAUUUGAUGGCAUUGACAAGGGUGAUCAAAAUGCUAAUAAGAGCACCGUAUUUUUUGAUAUUAAUAUGAAAGGUUUGGAUGGCAUUCAAGGUCCUAUAUGCGUUGGUACUGGACGUGUAUUUAGGAGACUAGCACUUUAUGGCUAUGAUGCUCCAAAACCAAAGAAGCCAUCUACAAGGACAUGCAACUGUUGGAGUAAGUGGUGUUGUGGGUGCUUUUGCUCGAGGAAAAAGAAGAAGCUACCUUAUAAACAACUAAAGACAAGAAAUACUGAACAAGAAGAUGGAGAAGCAGCCCCACUUAUGUUUACUGAUAUGGAGGGUAUUGAAGAAGGUGUUGUAGGGGAAAAUUUUGCCUUGUCUGAGCUGAAACUGGAAAAGAAAUUUGGUCAGUCCCCUAUUUUUAUUGCCUCAACCUUGCUAGAGGAUGGUGGAACAUUGAAAGGUGCUAGUCCUGCCCCUGCAUCUCUGCUUAGAGAAGCCAUCCAUGUUAUCAGUUGUGGUUAUGAAGAAAAAACAGAGUGGGGAAAAGAGGUUGGAUGGAUCUAUGACUCAGUUACAGAGGUAAUAUUAACAGGAUUUAAAAUGCACUGCCACGGGUGGCGAUCCGUAUAUUGUAUUCCUGCUAGGCCUGCAUUUAAAGGAUUUGCUCCCGUCAACCUUUCUGAUCGUCUGCAACAGGUCCUCCGAUGGGCCCUUAGAUCUAUUGAAAUACUCUUCGCUAAGCAUUGUCCUCUUUGGUAUGGAUAUGGAGGUGGUCUAAAGUGGAUGGAGCGUAUUUCUUACAUAAAUGUCCUUCUAUAUCCGAGGAUCUCGAUUCCUCUGGUUGCAUAUUGUACCCUUCCCGCUGUGUGUCUGCUAACGGGGAAAUUCAUCAUUCCAGAGCUUAGCGGUGCCAGUAGCUUUUGGUUCUUGUCACUUUUCCUUCGUAUUUUUGCAACAGGCAUCUUGGAAAUGAAAUGGAGUGGAGUCAAUGAUGAAUGGUGGAGAAAUGAACAAUGGUGGGUGAUUGGAGGCGUUUCAGCGCAGCUAUUUGCUGUAUUCCAAGGGCUUUUAAAGGUUAUAACCGGCGUUGACACGAACUUCAUCAAGACUCCAAAGGUAAGCGACGAUGGAGAGUUCUCCCAGCCGUAUGCAUUAAAGUGGACAACUUUGCUCAUCCCACCAACAACAUUGCUUAUAAUAAACAUGAUAGGACUGGUUAUCGGUAUUGCAACUGCAAUAAAUUAUGGUUAUGAUUCAUGGGGACAAUUUUUUGGAAAGUGUUUUUUUGCCAUCUGGGUUAUUAUUCACUUGUAUCCCUUCCUAAAGGGUUUGUUUGGGCGAGAGAACAGGACUCCCACGAUUGUUAUUGUCUGGUCAAUUGUGUUGGCUUCUAUCUUUUCUCUUGUGUGGAUUCAUUUGGAUCCAUUCUUGCCCAAAUCAGUUGGUCCGCCACUUGUGGAAUGUGGGUUGGAUUGUAACUAGCAGCACAUCUGCUCCACCGGAACCCCAAAAUUUGCUAGUUGAGGAUAUAUGGAUUAUGAAGGCAAAGUUUGCGUAGUGUAGCUUAAAUAUGUAUUUUGGGACGAUGUCAUCCCUUCCAUUCGCCAUUUCCUAACAUUGAAAUCGGAAUAAGGGUGUUGAGCAAAGUGAUUUUUAUUGGAGGUAACAGCUCCCUGAUUCUUUAUCAGUUUUAUGCACCCAUGGAAAA